AUGAAUCUAUUUGGUCCAUCAUUAAACAGUGUCCCUUACGGAUACAUAGAAUAUUUAUUCACUUAUCGUAACGGUACAAAUAUAGCAAAUAAUUACGCAAUCAGGCUCAGUAAUUUAACAUAUCUUAAUAAUUAUUCCUCGCCGACAAGAUUCUCGAUGACAAUUCAAACAAGUGUUUCAUCUGCUCCUGCCAAUAACACAAAUGAUUUCAGUAUCAGAAUGCGUUUCAAAGUUGGUCUUUUCUCUCAACUCCCAACUCCUGCAAAUGGUGCCAGUUUACCAUUCAGAAUGGAGGCAUUGUUGACUCCAAGGAUUACUGUCAAUCUCUCCAUGAUCGUGUCUUCAAACUGUCCGAUCCAAAAUGAUGCCGUUACUUUUAUAAGGUGUCCAUCGAUAGUGGAUUAUGGUGGUUUUUACGAAUAUUCCGUGGAUUUCUUCAUAAGUAGACCCAUUGGAGAUUAUACGUUCUCCUUCAGUACUGAUGAAUUUAGUGCCUCUAUCGGUAAUAUGUUUCUGUCGCUGCCUCCAACAUUUGCUGUUUUUCCAGAAAGUUACAGAACGAACACAGAAGAAAAGGUGACCUGGUCCGCCGUGUUAACGACAUACCGGUACUUAAGCGUUACAAAUCUACAGAACCUAGGAGUUUAUGAUACCAGUCUACCAAUAGCUAACCGCUCAGUUCGUCUAACAGUUUACAUUGCUAUUUAUACAAUAAGCCUGUCAGUAGUGAAGUUUGUAGCCAGAGUUUCACCAACUGGACAAAACUCGACAAUGAAUGUUUGUGAAAGUAGAUACUCCAAAUAUACAAAUUUCAACUCGCAUUUACGAAACCUGAUUACAGUAAGAGAUACUCCAGUUUUCAACCGACCUGAAACGAUUCAAUAUUUCACAGUGCAGGUAAUCAUUAGACCGAGCACAACAGGGUCGUAUGUUCUUACAACGCAAUUCCAAGGUAAAAUGUUAGGAGAAAACUGUUACGUGGAUUAUCUGCUACCAGUUGCUAAUGGAGUAAGGAAAAUUAGAUUGAUAACAGAUUUCAGUUACAGUUCCAAGGGCAGAACAUCAGCCACAACUUACAUCGGCACAUUUGUAAAUGCCAAUGCAUUCAAUCUUACUUACAAUUUUCAAGUCGGGAUAAAGUUAAACUAUGACACAACUUAUGUCCUGGGUGACGUGGUUCGAAUAGAUUUUGUAUUGCGUGUACCGUUUGCAACUGUUUUUACACAAAGUGCAACAUUUCCAAUAACCUCCAUGGCGCAGCCAACAUCGACCGUUCCUCUCUCCAGAACUCCAUUACUUACUAUCGAACGAGUUGUGCCACGAAAUUCACAACCAAUGGUGAACUUCACUACCAUUGUGGAGGUUCGCGCAAAGUUCAUUCAAGAUUUUGUUUACAUGCCAGUAAUUUUCCAGUUACAAGUCAAUCCGACCGAGGCAAAUAUACUCAGACAAAAUUUUCAAACAAUUGGAUACUUGAUACAAACUGUGGCACCUGUAGCAUUUAACUUAGCUGUGAGACCGUAA